GCUGUCGUCGCGAACUUGGACAUCCUCACACACACACACCCUUUGACGCAGGAUAUCCACUUCUUUGCGCUCCCACACACACAUCCCAUACAAUGGCUCCCGCAACCAAGAAGUCCGGCGCUGCUGCCAAGAAGGGUCAGAAGGUGACCAAGAAGUUCAUCAUCAACUGCUCGCAGCCCGUCAACGACAAGAUCUUCGACAUCCAGGCAUUCGAGAAGUUCCUGCACGACCGCAUCAAGGUUGAGGGCCGCACCGGUAACCUUGGCGACACCGUUGCCAUCUCCCAGCAGGGCGAUGGAAAGAUCGAGGUCAUUGCGCACCAGGAGUUCUCCGGCCGCUACUUGAAGUACCUCACAAAGAAGUUCCUCAAGAAGCAGCAGCUCCGUGACUGGCUCCGCGUCGUCUCCACCUCCAAGGGCGUCUACGAGCUCCGCUUCUUCAACGUCGUCAACGACGAGGCUGAGGAUGAUGACGAGUAAACGAUUCGCUACGACACGAGCAUGGAACAUGAUGGCCCGGACACUGAAAAGGGAAGGGGUGGUGUACCACAUGGCAUAUAGCACGAUCUGAAUGAAUUGUUGCACAUGCCU